AUGCUUUAAAUAGUUUAAAACAUUGUGCAAAGAUUGGCUUUGUUGCGUUCUGUAUACACUCAUUUUGAAUUUCUUCUGUAACCGAAGUUUUUAUGGAUAUUUAUAGGAUGGCAUAUGUAGUUUAAUGAAAACAACAUUAAUGGAAUAAAGACCUUAUUUAAAUGGCCGACACCCUAACUGAAGACCAGAUUACCGAGUUCCGGGAGGCUUUCUCGCUGUUCGACAAGGAUGAAGAUGGUACGAUCACCACACAGGAGCUUGGAACUGUGAUGAGGUCCUUGGGUCAGAACCCCACCGAUAAUGAGCUCAAGGACAUGAUCAACGAGGUCGAUAUUGAUGGCAACGGCACCAUCGACUUCGCGGAGUUUCUGACCAUGAUGGCCAAUAAGAUGAAGGACAGUGACCAGGAAGAGGAGAUGAGAGAAGCGUUUAGGGUGUUCGACAAGGACGGUAACGGCUACAUCAGCGCGGCGGAACUUCACCACGUGAUGUCCAACCUCGGCGAGAAACUGACCAAUGAGGAAGUGGACGAAAUGAUUAAAGAGGCCGACCUUGAUGGGGACGGACAGGUCAAUUAUGAAGAGUUUGUCCACAUGAUGCAGGGUAGCGCCAAAAAAUAACAGUUCGAGGCUGUGCAGUAUUGCCAGCUCAACAGUUGUCAUCGUCAUAAUCGUACAUGAUUGUAAUAUUUAAAACAGCGUAAUGCCGGCCACCAAGGUCUGUAGAAUAUUCGUUAGCAAUGUUUCGCUAAACGUCAUAUAUCAACCUUAAUGUUACAUAAUGUAAAGAUAUUUGCAUUGUAGAAAUGUGAUAUUCAACUUGUACACUUGUCGUGUUUGUGUGUUAAUGGUCAACUAGACGGUUGGUAGAAUGCAACCAACAUCAAUUUAAGUGACACUUUCGCGAUUAUAUUUAUUCUUUUGUGAUAGUAUAAACUAAGUUAUAUUUUGUAUAUUUAAUUUAGAAUAAAAAUUAAAGUGUCAAGAA